AAAGAGAGUGACAUACUUGCGCACAGUAGCAUCCGCACCGAGCAGUCGAGGACCGCAAAUGGGACACUCACAUGCCCAAGGCUGGGCAAGCGGUUCUCGGGUCAGGGUAUUGAAGAGAGCUUUGUUUACAUUUGCUUCGAUUCGUACAGGCUCGACAGAAGCGCCGUUUGGAAAUGACGGGGCAGAUCUAUGGAUACGGCCCACGACAGCCAAUAUAAAUUUUCGCCAUCCUGAUAAGGGAGAGGGAUGCGUUUUCGCCUCCUUGGGAGGAUCUGAUACGGUACAGCUCUCCUUUUAUUAGCAUGCCCUGCGUGUCGACGUUGCACCUGAAGCAAUUGACUUUUGUCAAUCCAGCUGGAGCGCUGAAUCGGCUGGCCAGGCAGAGACUUGGG